AUGUUUUAUGUAAAAUAUUUCCUAUCUAUACAUACUUUCUUUGUUGCGUUUACUUUUUUCUUUCUAAACAGCUAUAAUUAUUCACUGUUUUUUUUCUUUGCUAUUUCUAUAUUUGCAAGUAGUUUUUUUUUCAUGUAUAUUUUUCAUUCUCUAAUUCUUUCCUUUUUUUUCAUUUCUUUAUCUUUAUGUAUCUAUCUUUCUUUCUAUUUUUCAUUCUUUAUAUUUCUGUAUCUAUUUUUCUUUCUUUCUUUCUGCUUUUCAUUCUUUAUAUAUAUAUAUGUAACAAUCUUUCUUUUUCUUGCUGUAUCUUUCUUUUUUUCUUUAUUCAUCUUUCAUUAUCUAUCUUUCUUUCAUUUUUUUCUUUUUUUGUCUUCCUGCGCCUAUCUUUCUUCCUUCAUUUCAUUCCAAACAUAUAAACUUGUCCAUUGGUUUUCUUUCUUUGCUAUUUCUAUAUUUCCACUUUAUUUAUUUUCCUUAUAUAUAUUUCCUUCAUCAUUUAGUAUCUAUUUUUUGUCUCUUUCUCCCUUUCCUUAUUUUUUUUCUCUCUUUCCUUCUUCCUUAACACAUAAAAUAUUUCUCUGGUUUUCUUUCUUUGGUAUUUAUAUAUUAACACCUAGUCAUUUUCCGUAUGUAAUUUCAUUCUUUUUUUUUCUUUCAUUCGUUCCUUCUUAA